AUGGCCACAGCUGAGGAAGAGAAGCCUCUGGAGCUCAAGCCACUGCCAUGGGGGCAGGGCCUCAGUCAGCUUGCGCAUGACCCAAGCCUAUUCCAAGGAGAGAGCCUGGAGCCAGAGAGAAUGUCCUCUGGGACCCAGAGACCCUCAUCCCAGGAGUUGAUGACAUUCAAGGAUGUGAUUGUGGAUUUCACCAGGGAGGAGUGGUGCUUCUUGGACCGUAAUCAGAAAGAGCUGUACAAGGAAGUCAUGCUGGAUAAUUUCAAGAAUCUGAUUUCUGGAGAGAAACCUUAUGGAUGCAAUCAGUGUGGAAAGGCUUUCACAGUACAAUUCAAUCUUGCUGUACAUCAGAGAAUCCACACUGGAGAGAAACCUUAUAAAUGUAAUCAGUGUGGAAAGAAUUUCACAUUGAGUUCCAGUCUUGCUGUGCACAGGAGAAUCCACACUGGAGAAAAACCUUAUGAAUGUAAUCAAUGUGGAAAGGCUUUCACACAGAGUUCCAGUCUUGCUAAGCAUAUGAGAAUCCACAGUGGAGAGAAACCUUAUGGAUGUAAUCAGUGUGGAAAGGCUUUCACAGCACAAUUCAGUCUUGCUGCCCAUCAGAGAACCCACACUGGAGAGAAACCUUAUAAAUGUAAUCAGUGUGGAAAGGCUUUCACAUUGAGUUCCAAUCUUGCUGUGCAUAGGAGAAUCCACACUGGAGAGAAACCUUAUGAAUGUAAUCAGUGUGGAAAGGCUUUCACAGUACGAUUCAGUCUUGCUGCCCAUCAGAGAAUCCACACUGGAGAGAAACCUUAUGCAUGUAAUUAUUGUGGAAAGGCCUUCACACAGAAAUCAUAUCUUGCUGCCCAUCAGAGAAUCCACACUGGAGAGAAACCUUAUGAAUGUAAUCAGUGUGGAAAGACUUUCACAAUGAAUUCUAGUCUUGCUAGGCAUAGGAAAAUCCACACUGGAGAGAAGCCUUAUGGAUGUAAUCAGUGUGGAAAGGAUUUCACACACAACUCACUGCUUGCUGCACAUCAGGGAAUCCACACAGGAGAGAAACCAUAUGUAUGUAAUCAAUGA